CCACUAAGAGCUGCCACCAGUCUUAUGUCUCCUGCCAGGAUGUCUGCAGGACCGGAGCUGCUGCUGCUACCGCUGGCCCUCCUGGUGCUCCAAGCAUCCCGGUGCCAUGGAGCCUGCGUGGAGGUGGACUCGGACACAGAGGCCGUGGCCAAUGAGGGCUUCAAACUGGGCUGCAUCUCCUGCAAGAUGAGGGGCGAGGUGCAGGCCAGGGCCUCCGUCAACUGGUACUUCAUGGCUUCAGAUGAGAACGAGUUCUCCCAUCUUUACAGCUACAAAAACCAAUCGGGCGAAACCAUCGACCCACGAUUCUACAGGCGUCUGGGCUGGAACGGCAGCAAGCACACCAGUGACCUGCAGGACGGCUCCAUCUUCAUCCUCAACGUGACCAAAAACGACACGGGGAUAUACCGCUGCGAGUUCAACCGCACCCUCAAGUACCUGAACUACGAGUAUCCAACCAACAACAACAAGAACAUCACCCUUACCGUGGUGGGGCAAUUCACCAGGGGACUGGCAUCCAUCUUGUCCGAGGUGAUGAUGUACGUCACCAUCAUCGGGCUGCAAUUCUGGCUGCUGGUUGAGAUGAUUUACUGCUACAGGAAGAUCUCAGUGGCCGGAGAGGAAGCUCUGAGGGAGAGCGCAGCGGAGUAUUUAGCUAUAGCAUCGGAAAGUAAAGAUAACUGUGCAAGUGUACAAGUGGCAGAAUAGCACUGGUCAAGAAAGAAGUCAAAACAACUUCCUUGAGGAAUCUCACCUCCAUUCUUUUUGCUCC